AGAGAGGCAGGGAGAAGAGGAGAGAGGAAGAGACGGGCAGCAGGUAGAAGGCCAGCCGGAGCGUCGUGGCGGCCCCCCACGAGCUUUCACCCCCAUGCCUCCCUGGCCAGGACAUGAAGAGGAGAGGGUUCUCCAACAGCCAGACUAGAGGACAUCUGGGAGUUUUAGUGCUCAGCAUGGCUACCAGGAGCUUCCGGGUGAAUACCUGCCUCUUUGCUGCUUGUCUCUGUCUCUGGAGAGGGUCCCUAGGCCAUGAUUUCCUGGGGCCAAAGGCAUUGGUUGAACCUGUUUUUACUCCCAACACCGUCUGCAUGACCCUCCCUUGGCUGAGUCGGCGCCAACUUGGACUCUGUGUCCGCAGCCCAGAAGCAAUGGCUUCAGCUCUACAGGGCGUCCACCUGGCCAUUCAUGAAUGCCAGCACCAGCUCCAGCAGAGGCGCUGGGAUUGCUCAGACCUCAGCAGUGGGGGCACUAUCCUUCUCAACAGUCCUAUCCUUAAGAGAGGUUUCCGCGAAAGUGCCUUUGCCUUCUCGUUGCUGGCGGCAGGGGUGACUCAUGCGGUGGCCACCGCUUGUAGCCUAGGGGAGCUUCGUGGCUGUGGCUGUGCCAGGCAAAGCACCGAGAACCAGAAGCUGAAGCUCAGCCAACUACAAACUCUCAGCAAGGGCAAGAGCCUGCCCCCUGUGCCGUCCUCCUGGUGGGGGGAACCUGGCCCCCAAGACACCUGGGAGUGGGGGGGCUGCAGCGCAGACUUUGACUACGCCCAGAGAUUUGCCCGGCACUUCUUGGACCCUCGGGGGAAACCACGUGAUGCUCAUGCACGGAUGCAGCUGCACAGCCACCGCAUAGGCAGGAAGGUUGUGUCAGAUCUGAGACAGCGAAGGUGUAAAUGCCAUGGUCCCUCAGGGAGCUGCCACUUCCAGACGUGCUGGUUGGCACCUUCUGACUUCCAGCAUGUGGGUUCUGACCUAAGGGAACGAAUGGACCAAGCCAUAUUCUUGCGGCCUCACAACGGCAACUCUGGAGCUUUCCGGCCACGACUCCACAGUUCCCGCCUGGCCAAGCACCUCAUUUUUUAUGAACCCUCACCUGAUUUCUGUGACCCUGACCAGAGUCUCAGUUCAUCAGGCACUCGUGGCCGUUUGUGCAUCAAGGGAAGCAUGAGGUCAGAUGGCUGUGGCAGCCUAUGCUGUGGCCGUGGCCACAAUGUGCUGCAGGAGAUGCGAGCCCAGCGUUGCCACUGCCGCUUCCACUGGUGCUGUCAUGUACAAUGUGAGGAGUGUCCUGCCACAGAAUGGAUCAGUAUCUGCAAGUGAAUGGCGGGAAGGCAGUGCCCCAGUGGCUGUGCUGCUACAUGGGAUAUGGAGUCCCACAAAGGGUCAAGUUCCUGGCAGGAUGAACAUCAAAUACACCGUUGCCAGAGUCAGUCUGCAUAUGCAAACAUGGAGCUUUUGGCAGAGUCACCCCUCAGAAAGCAAGAUUCCAUAGAGACUGAUACUGUGUUUUCUGUAUCUCUCCUAUAAGUCGUUGAAGAUGCAGGGUAUCUUAGCCUCUCUUGAGUCCAGAAUGAAAGUCUGCCUGCAAACCAAUGUCCCUUAGAGAUGGGAAUUCUCCAUUCUGCAUGGAAGAUUCUAUAAAAGCUUGCCGCUGUUCUGUUUUUCUAUGGUGGUGCAUUUUGUCUGGCUUUUUGGCAGCAAAAGACCAUCCAAAAAUUAUGGGGAAGGUAGGGGUAAAGUGCAGGACAUGGAAGUCCCAUUGCUUUCCUUCUUAAAUAUCUGUUGCUGACUGGACCAGCAGAAAAGUUUAAAUGAGUGGCAAAAAUCCUAGGCUGGAUUUCUCCAGGACUCAGGCAAGUGUGGGAGACUAUGGACUUGUUAAAGCCAAAUUAUUGGUCCCAGAGACACAAUAAAGCCAAUGAAGAAGGAUGCCCAACAUGAAACCUUUAGCCAGACAGCGUGUGAGCAUGUGUGCAUGUGUAUCGAUUAGGCAGAAGAAAAACACACUCUUCUUUGCAAAUAUUGCAGUUGCAUACCCUCUAACUGCCUUGAUUUGGCAAGGACAGUCCUGAUUAACCAUCUGUCAGCACAUUUUUCCAAUGGCUUUUAAAAUGUCCCAGUUUCUCUCCUCUCCCACUCCCCCCC